AGCUUGUGGGCGGCGAGUUCGACAUGGAGCUGAACUUCGUCAUCCAGGACGCCCAGAACAUCCAGCACAUGCUAGAACUGCUAGACCACUGCCCGCCGAGCCUGCAGGCGGAGAUAUGGUCGGUGUUCAUCGCGAUCCUGCGCAAGAGCGUGCGCAACCUGCAGGCCUGCACCGACGUGGGGCUCAUCCACCACGUGCUGCAGCGGCUGCCCAAGGCCGAGACCGUCGUCGCAGGUGAGCCCCUUUUAUCUUCAGCAUAUGACAGUCCAUUGUUCGACAAGCAUGUCGCUAGUAAGCCCCACUUAAUACGCCAUUUUACCGUGUCGCAACCGAUGAAAAACAAAAAGUCAGUAAUGCGUGUCCAUUCCAGAAUGCCAUAA